CUUGGAUCAAAAUGGCGGCCGCUUUGGCGGCGGCCGGAGCAAAGCGAAGCGGGGGGAGUCGGAGGAGCCCUCGGCUCUGGGAGUAAGCAGCCGUCGGAGGAGGAGGAGGGCGGCGAAGCGGGAUGGAGGCUCCGGGCGGCAGUUGAGGACGGCCUGGAAAUGGAGGCAAAGAUCCCGCCUGAAUUGUGUCAUAACUUUUAUGAUGGAUUAUGGGAUUGUGCGCUGAUGAGUCCGCAAAUGGAAUGCCUGAGUGACUGAAGAAAAUGGGUGCUAAUGCUUCGAACUACCCUCAUUCGUGUUCCCCAAGGGUAGGGGGAAAUUCUCAGGCACAACAGACAUUCAUAGGAACAUCAUCCUACUCCCAUCAAGGCUAUGGUUGUGAAUCUAAACUGUAUAGCCUUGACCAUGGUCAUGAAAAACCUCAAGACAAGAAGAAGAAAAGCUCUGGCCUUGCUACCCUCAAAAAGAAAUUUAUUAAGCGCCGAAAGUCUAGCCGGUCUGCUGAUCAUGCCAAGCAGAUGCGGGAGCUCCUUUCAGGCUGGGAUGUUAGAGAUGUCAAUGCAUUAGUGGAAGAAUAUGAAGGGACGUCAGCCUUAAAAGAGCUUUCUCUACAAGCUAGUUUGGCAAGACCAGAAGCCAAAACACUACAGAAGGAUAUGGCUGAACUGUACGAGUUUAAAUAUUGUACGGAUGUAGAUCUCAUAUUUCAAGAGACUUGUUUCCCUGUGCAUCGUGCAAUUUUAGCUGCAAGGUGCCCAUUUUUUAAGACCCUGCUUUCUUCUUCACCAGAAUACGGUGCAGAGAUUAUAAUGGAUAUCAACACAGCUGGGAUAGACCUGCCCAUGUUUUCAGCUUUGUUACACUACCUAUACACAGGAGAAUUCGGAAUGGAGGAUUCAAGAUUUCAAAACGUUGACAUCCUCAUGCAGCUUAGUGAGGAAUUUGGUACACCAAAUUCUUUGGAUGUUGAUAUGCGAGGACUGUUGGACUAUAUGUGUUACUAUGAUGUGAUUCUCAGCUUUGCAUCUGACUCUGAACUGGUUGAAGCUUAUGGUGGAAGUCAGGGCUGCUUAGAUGAGGAGCUCAGAGCACACAAAGCUAUAAUUUCAUCACGGUCGCCGUUUUUUCGGCAUUUGUUGCAACGGAGGAUACGGACUGGUGAAGAAAUCACAGAUAGAACGCUAAGGACUCCAACAAGAAUUAUACUGGAUGAAUCUAUUAUACCAAAAAAAUAUGUGAGAGUAAUUUUAAACUGUAUGUACACAGACUUGGUGGAUCUCUCUAUUUUGCACAGCAGUCCUUCAGUGGGAAGUCUUAGUGAAGUUCAGGCUCUUGUAGCAGGAAAGCCAAGCAUGACAAGAGCUGAAGAAGCUAUGGAACUUUAUCACAUAGCACUCUUUUUGGAGUUCACUAUGCUUGCGCAAGGUUGUGAGGAUAUUAUUGCUGAGAGCAUCUCAUUAGACACUUUAAUUGCCAUUCUCAAGUGGAGUUCUCAGCCAUAUGGCUCUAAGUGGGUACACCGCCAAGCACUGCAUUUCCUCUGUGAGGAGUUUACCCAGGUCAUGACUUCUGAAGUCUUUUAUGAAGUCAGCAAAGACCACCUGCAAACAGCUAUCCAGUCUGACUACUUACAGGCAAGCGAGCAAGAUGUCCUGAAGUACCUUGUUAAAUGGGGUGAACAUCAGUUGAUGAAAAGAAUAGCAGAUCGAGAGCCUAAUUUGCUGAGUGGCACAGCUCACAGUGUGAACAAACGAGGUGUGAAGCGGCGAGAUCUUGACAUUGAAGAAUUAAAAGAGAUCCUUUCUACUCUCCUACCAUUUGUCCGCAUUGAGCACAUUUUGCCAAUGAAUAGUGAAGUGUUAACAGAUUCUAUGAAGAGAGGUCUCAUUAGUACUCCUCCUUCGGACAUGUUGCCAACUGCGGAGGGUGGAAAGUCAAAUGCAUGGUUGCGACAAAAGAAUGCAGGAAUUUAUGUGAGACCAAGACUGUUUUCACCCUAUGUGGAGGAGGCAAAGUUGGUUCUAGACGAGAUGAUGGUGGAACAGACUGACCUCGUUCGUUUACGGAUGGUUAGAAUGUCCAAUGUACCAGAUACCCUCUACAUGGUAAACAAUGCAGUUCCCCAGUGCUGUCAUAUGAUCAGUCACCAGCAAAUCAGCAGUAACCAAUCCAGUCCUCCUUCUGUUGUAGCCAAUGAAAUCCCAGUUCCUCGCCUGUCAGUUGUUAAGGAAAUGGUCAAAAGACUGCAGGAGCUCCGUCAUACUGAGCAGGUGCAAAGAGCAUAUGCUCUUAAUUGUGGAGAAGGGGCCACUGUCAGCUAUGAGAUCCAGAUCCGUGUACUGAGGGAAUUUGGACUUUCUGACUCUGCUGCUGAGCUCUUGCAGAAUCCUCACAAGUUCUUUCCAGAUGAACACUUUGGGGAUGAAAGCCCACUUCUGACCCUGAGACAGUCAGGACGGUGUCGUGUGAACAGCACACCCACUGCAGAAACCAUGUUUACAGAACUGGAUUCUUUUGUGGCCUUCCAUCCACCAUUGCCCCCUCCGCCGCCUCCGUACCAUCCACCAGCUACUCCAAUCCACAACCAGUUUAAAGUCAGUUGGAAGCAAAGGGGACAGAGCCAGCAUCCUUCCCGGUCCUUCUCUUAUCCCUGUAACCAUUCAUUGUUUCACACCAGGGCAGCCCCCAAAGCUGCCCCACCCAUCUAUUUAUCUGGUGUCAAAGCCACACCUCCUGAUUGCACUAACAUAACAACAGGAAUGGGAAGACAGACAGUUGCUGCUGCAGCAGCUGUGAUGGCUGCUGAAAAGCAAGUGAGUACCCCACCUGUGCUCAAUGAGCUGGUGCCAGAUAUUGCAAUGGGCGUGUCGACAAUGUCUCUCAAGGACAGGAGGCUGCCAGAGCUUACUGUUGACACCGAACUGAGCCAGCCUGUUCUAGAGGUUGGGCCCGGAGCACCACAACACAUUUCAUGCAUUCAGACAAGGCACAUACACAGUUCCCGGAAAAAACAUUCAAUUGAACAAAAGCUAGAUACCAGAGAGAAUCAACAGGAGUAUCCUGACUUCUAUGAUUUCUCCAGUGCUGCGUGCAGACCUUCCACUCCAGCCCCUGGCAGGCACACUCCUUCACCUUCUCAAGGUAUCUAUUAUGGCCCAGAUUUGUAUAGCCACAAUAAAGCAUCACCCAGUGGCUUGAAAGCAACCCACUUAUCUAAUCACAUCUCUCCAAAAAAGCCAGAAGACUCUAGGAGAGAAUAUGCACUUUCGCAAGAAGGGCAUCCACACAGACAGAAGAAUGAACCAAUACACCUUGAUGUCUUAGAACAGCCUCCCCAGCGGUUGGACUUGGCAUUGGCUGCCCAGGACAACACAGGGAAUGUGCCAGUUCAUGCAAGAGGGCGAACAAAAAUAGAAACAGACCUAACCUAUGGGCUAACAUCUGGCCGUCCUUCUCUGCCUGCAUACAAUUCAGAGAUCCACGAAGAGCAAUUGAGCCGGCGAUUGGCAGACAUUGAGCCUCUGGAGCAUGAAGCACAGAGAAAUGCAGAUUUGGAAAGAGAAGAGGCAGUGAGCAGAGGCAGAAGGUCUCCAAGCAAACCUGACUUCCUGUAUAAGAAAUCUGCCCUCUGAAAACCACCUCCACUUCUUCUCUGUGCCUAAAGAGUUGUGAAAUAUCCAUUCUUUGCAAUCAUUGGCCUGACGUUUGUGGCCAAAUUCAUUUAAAUGCCAGCCGCUACAUUAUUUGUUUUUUAUUUUUUGUAUAUACAUGGCUUCAUUAGAGAUGGCAUGCUACCAGUUCAUUUGGAAUGCUGCUUCAGGGUUUGUGUUCUGAACAGAUUUUUGAAAAGAUAUUUUAGCUGGCACCUUUACAAAAAAAAGAGGAAAAGGUGGCCUUUUGCACCUGUACAUUAAUUUUAUUGGGUUUUGCAUUAGUAUGUUUAAACUUUUACUUUCAUAUUUUAAAGGACUGUAUGUUCAUACUCUUCAUGGUGACUUUUUAAAGGAAAAAAAAUCUUUCACCUCCUGGUUUCUUGUGUGCAUUGGUUGCACACGUGAGAUGUAUUUUCUUAUAUAAGAUGGUGACAAUGUCUGUCUUUAUUUUUGAAUGACUAUAGGAAUUCCAAAGAACAGCACAUCUCAGUAACUGCUCUGGUUAGGUCUGAAACCUUUCUGGUCUACCACUAGUGCAAGAAUCCAGCCUAGUUUAUAUGUUCUGUUUACCAACUCCAUGACAGCUAGUCUUCUUAUUGAUGUAGCAAAUGCUCAGUAACAAUUAGAGCUGGGAUUUUUGGUUGCAGAGGUGAGUAUAGUUCCCUUAAGGCUCUGGCAUUCUCCCCCUUUCAAAACCUGGAACCUCUGAGAAGCACUUACUUUCCCCAUGCCACCCCCUUGUUACCCAUCUAAUACCACAACCAGUAAUUGGUAUUGUAAACAAUCUCAUCAAGUUUUCCUUUAAAAAAAAAAAAUAAGGAAAGGUGAGGUUUCAUACAAGCCCAGGAGGGAAGCAGGGAUGCUGCCACUGCCGCCACCUCUUAAUAUCUGAGAUGAGUGUUAAUACCUUGAGGAAGAAUGCUUCCUCCCUUCUUUCUUCUGCCUCUAAGAAACCAAGGGCUUCAAGUCUUGAUGUUGUCACUGAGUGAUCCUGACACUGUAAAAUCUCUAGUUCUGUGGACUGAAUUCACAACCUGAAGAGUAACAGUUAUAGCUUCCAUAACUGUAAGCAACCUAGCACUUACGUUUUGUUUAUUCCAACCUCUUGAGUGUAUUGGGGGGGGGGGGGGUGUCGUCAGUAGAGAUAGGAAAGGUGUGUGUAUGGAGGGGGUAGGAACACAAAGUCGAGAUGCAGGGCUGAUAGUUCAGACAUGCUUAGCCGUGCCUGUUGCCACUAACUAUGGCCACUUCAGCAGUCAGCAUUUGCAAGUACUUGAUCACAUCUUUCUCUUGCAAGUGCUGGAAAGGUCUGAGUACCACUGUGUGGUGACUUGUUUUAAAGCCUAACUUGAUAUGGUGGUCAGAUCUAAAAUAUAGCUCUUCCAUCACCUGAACACCUCAGUCAGAAUAUUAUCAAACAUAUCUGACUCUGUUUUUGGAUACUUGACUCUGUUGACAUGUAAACUUUGUUUCAAUCUUUGAUCAGUUUUGUUCUCGGUGUUUUUUGUUUUGUUUUUUUAAGCAUCAGCUUUUGUCCUUAUCACCUAUCUCUUUUAGGGGAAAAACACUGUUAAAACAAGUUCUGGAGCUGCGGGUGUGCAUAUAUGUAUGUGAGAGGAGAAGAUAAUAUCUGCAACUUUUACACCACAUUAAUCUUUCUACUACACGGUAAAAAUGUGUAGCAUUUUGACAGAAUGCAAAGCCUCUCAUCUUAUGCCUUUUAAAAUACAUUCUGUGGAUAGUUGAAAUCAAUAAUAUGGUUUCUGUGGUGGGUUAAACAGUGCUAUUGUUCAAAUGUCUCAUUUUUAAUGGCUUACUGGCAGAGAACAAACAAGUGAAGCUUAAAACUAUUUAAUAAAAUUAUGCUCCAUCAAAUUCUUUUCAAGAUCUUUUAAACUUAAAUUGGCUCUCUAAUAUUUGGCUUUCAGGAACAAGGGGACCAAAACAUAUUUUUGCCACAAGUAAAAAUUAGAGCUCACUGUGCCAUCUUGUCCAAUGCAUUUUUUGCAUUGUCUCAUGGGCCAGAAUCCAAUUAUGUACUUCCACUGGGACCUGUAUGUUUCCACUUGAACAUACAGUCUCCACUCCCUCUUGCAAUCCCCAAUAUGCUCAAAAAACAGAUCCUCUGGGUCAGGUUUUUGACUCCUGCACUGGGAAGACAAGAGUCCCAAUUCCACCAGCACUGGUUACAAGAGCACACUGUUAUAUUUUAUUCAUGGUAUGGGAAGUUAGUAUGAUUCUUUGAUAAUAGUUUUUGCCAUGUAGAGAGCGUAGAAUAGGACUGUCUUUGUUCUAAUAGUUUCCAAGCAUGCAGACAACAAUCCACAGAGAAACCUAUAAUCACCAUUUUACAUGUUCUACUGCUGCAGGUAGUUUAUUUUAUCCAGUCCCAAAAUGGAGCUAGUAGACCUCUGAAAAUUGGUAAUGCAAUGUGACCAGUUCUGUACUUGAGAUACUUAUGGGGAAAUCUCAGUAGCGCUAUAGUAGUCUUCUCCAAUUUGGUCCCCUCCAGAUUGCCAUAGUAAGAUUCUCAUUAUCUUCAGUUAGACAAUUGGAGGUGGUGAGGCUUACAGUGCAAUUUAUCUUGAGGAGACAAGAUUGAAGGAAGUUGGGAUAUAGGGAUGGCGUAGAUAAAUCUGUAAAGAUUUAGUUUACACAUGGUUUGUAUUAUGGAAUAGCAUGCUGAAAAGCACUGAAAUGUAUAUCUUCUCCCAGAUACAAAACUGCAGCUUUUCAGAUUAUAUAGGCUGCCACCUUACAAUACAGUAAUUUUCUAGAUGAAAGUAAAUCCUGGGAAUGAACAGAAUUUUGUAGCAGGUUUAAAGACAAUUGAGCUAUUUAGCAUUAAAUUGGUAAGGGAGUUAUAAAAAUGCCAGCAAGAGAAAUAUUUGAAGCAGCAAGAUACUGGUUUCUUACCUCUAGGGCUUUAAUUUAGACUUAGUAUUUUAUUGCAAUCUGUAAACACACUAAUCCCCAUACCUUUUCUUUUCCUUGUUAAACUAGAUCCAUUUCCUUAGGAGCUAUAAUAUUGGAUAGGAUCAGUUGUAGCUUUGCAAAUCCUCUGGGUAGCUCUUUUAUUGAUGAUCCAAACAAGAUACCCUCCUAUAUUCCUCUUGUGCUUCCUUAAGAGAAGGCGUCUUUUCUGUGUUGAUAUCUGUAUGUGUCUGUAAACAGGAGAUAUGAAUGGGUGGCCUGUUAAAAAUCCAGCUUAAGUGCCCAUAGCCAGUAAGGUCAAAGGAACACAACUAUUUUGUCAAGGAGUUAAUUUGGCCUAAGAACAAAUUGAUCAAAUUUGUGCCAUAACUGAAAUUACUUUUGCCUUCUGCUGGACAGAUGGUUUACUCAGCGCUUCAAUUACGCAGUCCUUUUGUCCUCCAAAAAGCAGAGCUUGUGAAGCCACAAGUCCCAGUUGUUCAGUGUUGUAGUAAUCAAUAGCUAUGUUGUAUUUAGCAUUUUCAAAGCACAGUACCAUUUUAGCAGCUUUAAGAAAUAAUCAUCCUUUGAUUGCAUGAAGCACUUUUGAAUAAAUUAUUGAAAUCUGCAAGUGUUCAGUAACCAUACAGCUGUGGCUUUGAAGGAGAAAUAAUUGCUUACUGAACAGUUGGUAUAGGAUGAAAUACGCUUCAGAAUGGAAACCUAAAACUAUAAUCUUGGCUAAUUGUGCUGCAACAGUACAGAGUCUUGUCCAAAAGUGGUUUGUUAUAUGCAUCCUGCAAGGGGGAAACUGUGUGUUUUCUCUUCUGUGGCUGGGAUCUAGAGGACUGUAUAUAUACACAUAAUACAUUUCCAUGCACAUGUGUAUUUAAUUUUUUUUACUAGAAAAGAUGUGAAAUGUUACUGCUCGUUGACUUGUAGGGGAAGAACUUUUCAUGACUUAAGGGAGAGGUUGAAAAGCCAUUGUGCAGAAGUUGCACUCUGGAUCCUAGCCAUUGUGUUUACAAAUAGAUCUUCUAAAAGAAUACUGUGUGAGUUGUUUCUUCAGUUAUCCUCAUUGUCCCAUGAGGUUACAAUAACUGCCUCUAACCAUCUAUUGAUUUCCUAUUUUACUCUAUGUCUUUGGUAUUUUUUUCUGCCUGUAAUAAGAGGGAGAGAGAGAACGAACACUGGCCCUUUCUUAUUUGGUUAUUUUU